AUUCGACACCCAGUCAGUUUUGCGUGCGGAAUACUACGGUUUUCCCGGAAUUCUCGAUGACGUGUAAAUCAGCGGAGACCGAAAGAGCCUUCCCAGUUUCCCACUACCUGAUCCUGUCCUUGCCACUACCACAUCCAUCAUCCAUCCUCGCUGCGCGACGCUGUGUAGUGGCGACAGUGGCGUGGCUCGGUAUUCGGCAGUCGGCGCUCAUCUCGCUUGAUCUCGCUCGCGUACUCUCUAAACUCUCUUACGUCACGGUCGUCACGUCUCUCUCGCCGGCGACUGUGGGGCGGUAUCGUGGUAUCGCGGUAUUCCACGCGACGUUUUCUGUCGUUAACAUACGCGUCACGAGUCACGACGCGGGAGCUAGCAAUCUCACAGUUGGGCGAACUACCUCAGGUUCUUCCGUUGCGACAGUUUAACUCUCGAAUAGGCAAAAUGAGCUACGGUUAUCAAGGGCCACCUGUUCAGUUUCCGGGACGAGCACGACCGCCAACGUCGUUUGGGGCUCCACCUGGUGCACCCUCUGCCCCUGGUGCUCUAUCCUACCCUUCGAUGGGCUUCUCAAACGCGCCCCCGACAUCUUUUGGCAUGCCUCAACCAUAUUCUCAGGCUCCUUAUCCGACACAGCCCAUGCAUCUCAUUCCUGGCAGCGUACCUGCGCAAACCAAUACUUAUUCUCCGCAGCAAAUGCCGUAUCCUCAAUCUAUGCCCACGUGUUACCCCUCUAAUGCACAUUCCAAUCAACCUACACCGUCCCCUUAUCCUCGACAACAAAAUUACAAUACAUAUCCUAAUCUUCAAGCUGCACCAGACGCUAAAGAAUAUUUUAGCAAUAUGGCUCCUUCCCCUUAUCCCUCUGGACCAAGUACAUACACAGCUAAUACAAUUCCAUACCAAAGUGAAAGCUAUCCCGGGGGGCAGGGGGUAGGUCCGAAAUAUCCUUACGCUGCUAAUCCAUCUGCUGCUGGUACGCGUGGUACUACCCCAGCCCCCCGGAGAGAUCGGUUUACGCCUAAGACUUCUCCCACAGUGGUGCCGUAUGAUGGUUUUGAUGCCAGAGCGGAUGCGGAAACUUUGAGAAAAGCUAUGAAAGGAUUUGGCACCGAUGAGAAAGCUAUUAUUCAUGUACUUGCGAAUCGCAGUAAUCUACAACGGCAAGAGAUCGCAUCUCAAUUUAAAACUCUUUAUGGAAAGGAUCUGAUAAAGGAUUUAAAGUCUGAGCUGUCAGGUAACUUCGAGAAACUUGUUCUUGCCUUGAUGACGCCCUUACCUCAAUUUUAUGCUAAAGAACUCAACGAUGCAAUGUCUGGUCUUGGCACUGAUGAGACAGUACUCAUUGAAGUAUUGUGUACACUGUCCAAUCAUGAAAUUUCGAUCAUUAAACAGGCAUAUGAAGCAAUGUAUGGAAGGACAUUGGAAGAUGAUUUAAUUUCUGAUACGUCUGGCAAUUUCAAACGCUUGAUGGUAUCGUUGUGUUGUGCCAAUAGAGAUGAAUCAUUGAAUGUGGAUAAUGCCGCUGCAAUGGAAGACGCUAGGCAACUUUUGCAAGCUGGGGAGCUCCGAUUUGGUACAGAUGAGUCUACUUUUAACGCCAUUCUUGUUCAAAGAAGCAUUGCACAAUUGCGACAGAUAUUUGUGGAGUAUCAUAACAUAACGGGCCACGAUAUUGAGAAUGCAAUUGAAAACGAAUUUUCGGGCGAUAUUAAGAAGGGUCUUCUUGCAAUUGUGACGUGUGUCAAGAACAGAACCGGUUUCUUCGCCGAACAAUUGUACAAAAGCAUGAAAGGUCUUGGUACCGAUGAUAGCCGCCUCAUUCGACUGGUUGUGACACGCUGCGAAGUGGAUAUGGGUGAAAUAAAGAAUGUAUUUGCCCAUCAAUAUGGAGAGUCAUUGGAAGAUUUCAUAUCCGGUGACUGCUCAGGACAUUACAAAAAAUGCUUACUGGCACUAGUGCAGUCCUAAAAUACUUUCAGAUAUGGAACUUAUUUUGUUGCAUUUAUCAUCUAUCUUUUUACAAAUACGUUCGACGUAUGUAUAUAUGUCCAGCCGUCUUUUCUUUUAAUUUUUUAACCAUUAUGCUAGUGACAAGCUUAUAUGCUUUGAAGAAUAUAUACAUAUAUAUAAAUGAACUCAUUUUUAUAUGCAGAGUUAUAUGAAGAUAUUUUGAGAUGUAUUUAUACACGAUGUGCAAGUACUUCGGUGAUUUUAUAAAAUUACUAACGAUUGUGUACAGAUUCACUAGCUAUGUUGAUGAAUGCUAAGAAUUUCAAAACGUCAUACAAUCAUUUACGAUUUUAUGAAAGUAAAUGUGUGAGAGGUGACUACACAUAUUUUGAGAUAUACUUAUAUACGCAUUAAUUGCUUUGAAAAAUUAUUAAUAAAUACAUUUAAUUUUCAUUUUUUAUUCAUUCGUCAACAUAUGUAAUUAGUGAUUCUAUGAUCAGUGAUUUUAUAAAUGUAUACUUAUGCUAGUUGACUAUGAUUUACAUUGAUCGAAUGUACAUUGAUAUACUGUAAACGGUUCUGAAAUGGUAACGAUGGUAAUGGUAGCAGAUAAGCUUUUAACGAUUGUGCCAAGACAUACGUGCUUCAUAGUGAAUGUCAAUCUAGACAAAGAAUCUCACGAGAAUUUAUCGGCCUUCUUGUCAUGAUAUUAUGAAAGAUUAUUAUGAGCGUGUACCUUACAGAUUUAAAGACAUUUUAUAUAUAUAAAUGAUAUAUAUACAUAAAGAUUAUAUAUAUAUUUUCUCGCAUGGCAUAAUAUAGCUUACAUAAAAAUGUCCAGAAAUAGUUUUAUAUAUUAUUCUAUAUUUAUAAAAUGUAUUUUUUCAAGUUAUUACAUACGUAUGUAUUAUCCAUUUUGAUUACUGUAUUUACUAUGUCUAUAAAUAAAAAUUUUAACUGAUAUAAGCGAAAUAAGCUCUCAAAGCGUUGUUGAAUAUUGAAGAUCCACACGACCAGCGUUAAUCCCUGAG